AUGGCACUAUCGAAUGUUGAUGUGAUUAUACAAUACUUCGAUAGUGAAACAGAGAUAACAAAGGAAGAUGAGGAGCAGCUGAAGAUCUAUUUUUCAAAGGAAUUGAAUUGUCGUGAUUUCUUAUCUAAGUGCGGAUUUAGAUUAGUUGUAGAAAAUCUGCAUAAAAAGAACAAGCUCAUUGCUUUGAACACAAUUUUACCUUUCAUUAGAACAGAAACAUUAUUAUCAUCACUAGAUUCAUUGAUUACAGAAGAUAUCUCAGCAAUUAUCGAUAUGAUUACAGUAUCUAACCUCCCUCCAGAACAAAACAUUACAUUAAUCUAUUUAAUCUUUCAAGGUAUCCAAAAAAUUUACAAAACUCGACCUACAAUCAUCAAAGAUCUCACGGAUUCAUUCAAUAAAUACGAUGAAUACAUCAAAACAGCUUCAAUACCAAUUCUAGAACUAUACGGUUAUUUAAUAAAUUGUUCGCCAAAAGGAAUUUCAUGGGAAAUGUAUAAUCAUUUGAAUAAAAUAUACAUGGACAAAGAAUGCAAAAGUAAAUGUCGUACUUUCAUUCUUGAACUCCUUAAUAACGAAAAAUUAUUUACUGAGACCGAUGCAAAAAUUGAGCAUUGGAUAAUACCAGACAUCUUAGAAUCAGAAGAUUGCUUCAGAGCAUUUACAUCUGUUGCAAAUCUUUACAUUGCAAAUAUAAUAACAAAUUCAAAACGAAUUGUUGAAUUUUUAACUUCAAACAUUAUUCCUCCAAUAAAAGAAAACAUUUGUACCGAACAGAUACUUAAAUAUUUACUCAGUUUGAUUGUAGAGACUAAAUUAACAUCAGAUCAGUUUGGUGAUGAAAGAUUUAUUCAAUUAAUAUUUGAUAAUCAGACACCAGAAGAGUUAUCAAACUAUUUAAUGAAUACAAAAGGAAUUCUUCCAUUAUUGAAAGAACUAUUUAACAGCAAAAGAUGUAAUUGGUCAAAAGGAAAAACAGUUGAUCGAUUAAUUGAUACAUUAGAACAUGAUAAAGACAAUAUUCUCACAGAUUUUGUAUUCCCAAUAUUCACAGACAACUUUUGUUUAUCAAUUGUGAAAACAUUAUUAAUUCACAUUUCUAAUGAUAAAGUAUUCAACUAUUGCAAGAAAUAUAAUUCUGAAGAACCAGGCUUUUAUCCAUAUUUUAGUAAAUUCGAUUGUUUUUCAGGAUUACCAUUCGAAAACAUUGUUUUCUCAAUGAAUUUCCUUCUUUUGAUGAAAGAUUAUGUUCUUGAAUACAACGAUCAUUCAUUCGAUGAUUUUGUUUUGAAAGAACCUAUUUCUAGUCCAGUUUUCAAAAUCUCUCGUUAUGUCAUUUCUAAAUUUUUACCAGAAGAUGAAUUUUCACCACUCAUUUUCCCAUCAUUACUCCCAUUUGUUGAUUUCAACAUCACAACAUCUCUUCCAUCGAACAAAUAUUUGAUUGGCUAUUAUUCCAUUAAAGUUUUUCAUAAACUUGGAAAUAAUUUGUUUGAUAUCAAAAACUUGAAACAAUAUAUUUCACGAUACAUUCGAACAUCAGAUGCAUUAUAUCUUUUAGAACAAGAUUAUGUCAAAUCAGUUGGACUGUUAUCACGAACUACAGAAUAUGGCUUAUAUGAAUUCCAUUCAUCACUCUGCAAAUCAUAUGCUACAUUUCCAACAAAUUUGAGUUCUAUUGUUUUUCAACUUUUUAUUGAGCGAGAACAGAAAGAUUAUCCACUUUUUACAAUCAGUGGUGAACAAUUCAUUCUCAAGAAAGACAAUAUCUUAUACAUUAAACGCAAGAAAAUUGUUGAAAUCAAAUCUAAAACAUGGAUGACAAUUGGUAUUUUCAAAUCAGAUCGAUCUAUUGAUAUUUAUUUUGAUUCACAACUUGCUACACAUAUAAACUCUAGAUCUAUUGAAUUAACAAUUGGUUCUAAGGAUCAAGAUAAUUCUGGUAUUUUCUAUUUAUCAGAGUGCAUUGCUUAUAACAUCCCUCCAUCACAACUUAAAUCGAAAACAUUAGAUUUGAAGCCAUCAACAAUCAUUGAAAUGAAAGGAAACACUAUUUAUGUUCCAUGUCAAUCAUUCAAUUCUAUUUUCUUCGAUAAAGGAAAUCUUCAAUAUUUAUUUGACAAAAUUUUCGAAACAGAAGAUAAAAAAGUUAUUGGUUUCCAACUUUCUUUUAUCUCACAGUUACCAUUGUUUUCCAAAAGUCUUUCAGAUUGGUUUUUUAAGAAAUUCAAAAGAUCAUUAGUUUCAUCAAUCGAAAAACUUGAUCUGAGUUUCUUGAUGUUAUAUGCUGCAUGUUGUAUUUCAUCAUCGGAUAAUAGUGAAGAAGUUUCAAACAGAUUAUCCAUUUUGGUUAAUGAUUAUAAUUUGUGGAACAUUUGUAAUCAUGACCUACUUAAAGAAUUCAUCAAAAGCUUGAUGUCUAUGCUGUUAAAUGUUAAAACAUUCAACUGGGACAUUUUCUACAAAAACAUUUCAGAACUUUUCUUUUUCAUCUUAUCAAAUCAAUCAUUCAACGACUUAGAGAACAGCAUCUUUGAUUUCUUCAAUGUUAUUUUGAACAACUGCUGUGAUAAUAAUUCAUUUCGAGACUUUCUUCAAAAAACAUUAUCAUUCAACUUACUUUGUAAGAACUUUGACCGAAUAUUAACAAAAGAAUUACUUAUCAAUCCAGACAAUAAUGUUAAAAAUGAAGUUAACACUAACAAGAGUGAAAUCAUUUCUAAAAGUGAGAUCUUGAUGCCAACAAGUGAAGAUGAAGAUAAUGGUUGUUUAUUACAAAGUGACAUGCGAUUUUCUGAGCUCCAAGAAAAAUUGUUGAGGAUGGUUAUUAAUAUCCAAUCAUCUAAAAAAUCAGACUUGAUUCGAAAUCAUUUCCGUGCUUAUUUAUCACUUCAUGUUUCAGAUGGGAUGAAGAAGAAAUUACUGUUCACUAUUUUAGAAGAUGAAAAAUUUGUUAGUGAAAAUCUUCCAAUUGUUAUUCGCGGUUUACAAAAAGUUGCCACAGAUCAAAGCAUGUGGAACAAGAUCUUAACAUUUUUAUGUCGAAAAGAAGUCACAGUUGAUAAAUGUGGUAAAAUCACAAGUCCUCAUUCUUUAUCUAUCUUUUUGUCAUUAUUCCGAAUUUUGUUUGAAUCGAAAGAUGAAAUCUUUUUAUUAUUUAUUUCGUCUAUCUUCAGUUCCAAUGAUUUUAAUUUCCAUGCAUUGUUCACAUAUCCAACAUUUGGAUAUUUAGUUGAAUUGUUCACAAACAAAGACAUUGAUAUCACAUACGAAGAAUUUCAUAAUGUUGAUCAAUUAUGUCAACAAGAUCAACAAUACAUUCAAAUCAAAAAUAAUUAUCAAUUCAUCAACUUUUUGAUUCAUAAGACUAAAGAUAAGACAACGAAUGAAUCUUUAGAUCUUCAAAGUGAUAGUAGUUUUGCAAACAUUGAUAACAAACUUUCAAACAUGGAAAAUUUAUCUAAGAGUGAAGCAAACUUCAUCAAUAGUGACUCAAUCCAUCCACCAUCAAUUUCUGUUUCAGAACCACAUUUAGUUUUCGAUAAUAAAGAAAAACGAAAUCUUUCACAGUUAUAUAUUCAAAACUGUGUCAAAUUUAUUUCUAAUUUUUCCAUUCGAUUAUUGACAAGUGAUGAAAAGAACUUUAGUUUAUUUAUGAAGACAGUUAUUUUAUACGGUCACAAAGAGAUUACAUCUAAAUUCAUUUCUAAUGUUAUCAAUUUGAUUUGGAAUUCUAAUGACAAAUACAUCAAGUUGUAUUCAGACAGUUUAUCAUUCUUUUAUUACAAUAAGAAAGAAGAAUUUUAUGAAUCAAACAUCAUCAACACAUUAGAAGACAAGUUGUUGAAUUAUCCAAACAAGACUAAAUUCUUUAUCAACAACUUCAGAGAAAUAUACAAUGAUAGCAAUAUAAACAAACAGAUUGAACUUCAACGAAUUGUUGCAUCAGUCCAAGAAUUCACAGUUGAAUUAUUUUUGUUUGUUUUAGUUGUUUUGAGAUCCAAGAAUAUUGAUGCAUCAUUCAAUCAUUUAUUCUUCAAGAAAUUCCAACAGAAAGUUUCCGAAUGGAUUCAUGAUGAAGAAUUUGUUCAUCUCACAAAGAAUUCUAAUUCAUUUGAAGACAUUAUUUCAUUUGAUUUCAACAAGUUCAACAACGAGUUUGAUAUCAUUGAGAAACGAAAGAGCAACAAAGGUGAUCUUUGUAAUCUUAAAACAUCAGCAGUUUUCAAUGAGAUUCGCUUUUUAAGUUUUCUUUAUGAUUUCAACGAGAAGAUCAGCGAAUAUGGCAUUACAUUUUUUGUUUCAUUUUACAAAAAUAUUAAUUUCUAUAAUCGGAAAGAAGAAAAACAUUGUAUUCAUUAUUUACAACGAAAAUACAGUUAUUUGUUUUCCGAUGUUUUUAGUGAAGAAGAACUCAAUGAACGAACUCAUUCAUAUUUUGUUUCUCAUCUUUGUUUGCCGAUUUAUUUUAGAAUGUUGAUUUCUCGAUCUCCAUUCCGAUUACCACAUCCAACAGAAGAGAAAUACCAAAUUCGAAAUGUUAUUCCUCUUUUUGGAUUUAGUGAAAUCACAAACUAUUCAUACAAACUUAGUGAAUACAUUCCUAACUAUCUUGUUCAAUACCCAUUUGUUGUCCAUGAAGAAACGACUAACAAGAUGAAACUUUUUGAAGAAAUCUACAAAAUUGACGAAAACAGAACUAUUCAAAACUGUAUUUUUGUUCGUGUUGACAUCCGAAUGAAAUGUAUUGCUAUCAAGAAGAAAACAUCUAUUAUUAUUUUGAUUGGUGCAGAAUAUGUCAAUGACGACAUCAUAUUUGAAACUCCAAAUCCACUAUUUUUCGAUAGUUUGAUCCAGAUUUCAUUGUUGAAAGAAAUUGGUAAGUGUUCAUUUUUCUUAGGUCGUGUUGUUUUGAUUGUUGAUGAUAUUUUACAGAUCGAGAAACAUGUUAUUUUAUCUAAUCCAUAUUCAAUUACUGUUUACAGCACUACUGGAUCUUCAUUCAUUCUGGAAUUUUAUGAAGAACCUAUUUUUGAAGAAAUUUACAAAAUUAAAGAAUUUUGUUUGAACAAGAAAGAAGUUUUUGAAACAUGGAAACAAAACAAGAUAUCAACAUUUGACUUUUUAUAUCAAAUCAAUUUAUUAGGCCAACGGUCAACAUUAGAUCUUAGUGGUUAUCCAAUUUAUCCACGUAUUGUUAAAGACAUGAACAAAAAAUACUCUUUUGAAAACAGGAGAGAUUUAUCAGUUGUUGUUCAGACAUCAUUUGACAAAACAGUUCAAGAAGACAAACUGAAUAAGAUAUACAAGAUGCACAAAUAUCAUCACUCCGAGAAUCUUUCAAAUUCUAUCUUUGUUUGCAUGCUUAAUGUUCGUUACUCACCAUUCUGUCUUUCACUUUGGGAACUUAACGAUGGCUGGGACAAAGGCGAUCGUGUUUUCCGAUCAAUUCCAUUCCAUCUUAGUGUUAAACAGAAGACAACACUUGAGAUCACACCCGACAUGUAUUGUUUUUGUGAACUCUUUGAUAACAAGAACAAUUUUGACUCACUUAUUCUUGAAUUUCCAACAUGGUGUAAAAACUCAGUUGAUUUUAUUGAACGACACAGAAGUAUUCUUGAAUCACAAACUAAGACAGACAUCAUUUCAUGGAUUGAUCUUGUUUUUGGACACAAACAAACAUCUAUUGAAUCAUUCAAUGUUUUCAAUCCCCUUUCAUAUCCAGUUAUUGACAUUGAUACAAAUAACAACAAUAACAAUAGUAAUUUCAAUUUUGUUGAUAAUCAACGUCACACAUGGAUGAUGAACUGUGGAAGUGUUCCAAUUCAAGUAUUUGACCAACAAAUACACAUUGAAAACAAUCAACAGAGAUAUCAAUAUCCAUCUCUUUCACCAGAAGAAUACAUUGAUCGAUCAGAUGUUUUUGUUCGAUAUUCAUUACAAAGACAUUCAAUUGACCUUUAUUAUCAAGGAUGCAUUGUUUACAGUCAACACAUGAAAGAUGUCAAAUCAAUAUUGUUAUGUGAAAACAAAUUAUAUUUCUGUGUUAAUACGUAUGAUGACUAUGUUCAUUUCUACAAUAUCACAUACAAUGAACAUAACAAGAGAGCCACAUCAUUCCGAUUUAUCAACAAACAUCACUUUGAUGAUGUUAUGUUUAGUAUCAUCAGCAAGAAAGAGAUCCUUGUUUGCACAUGCACUAGAAACAAAGUUUAUUUUUGGUGUCCAUCUACAUCACAUGUUGAACAUGUUUUAAAUCUUUCAUGCAACUGUGCAUUUUUUGAUGACGAAGUUGGUUGUAUUAUUUUUGGUACAGAUGUUAGUGUUUUAUUUUACACAUACAACUGUACAUUUAUUCGUAGUAUCAGUACACAAUCACGUGUUGAUUGUUUAUUGACAUGUGGUCAUUUCAGUGUUUCACAUCGAUAUCUUUAUAUUGGUAACGAUGAUGGUUUUGUUAUCUGUUAUGAAUGUGUUGAACCGGAUCACAGUCUUUUCAUCAUGUCAGCCGACUAUGUCUCUAACUCACCUGUUACAUUUCUUCUCUAUGACGAACAUACUAAUACUAUUCAUUAUAAAUAA